AUGAUGCAGGACGUGUCUAGCUCCCCAGUCUCGCCGGCCGACGACAGCCUGAGCAACAGCGAGGAGGAGCCGGACCGGCAGCAGCAGCCGAGCGGCAAGCGCGGGGGACGCAAGCGGCGCAGCAGCCGGCGCAGCGCAGGCGGCGGCGCGGGGCCCGGAGGGGCCACGGGCGGGGGCGUCGGAGGCGGCGACGAGCCGGGCAGCCCGGCCCAGGGCAAGCGCGGCAAGAAGUCUGCGGGCUGCGGUGGCGCGGGUGGCGGCGGCGGGAGCAGCAGCGGCGGCGGGAGCCCGCAGUCAUACGAGGAGCUGCAGACGCAGCGGGUCAUGGCCAACGUGCGGGAGCGCCAGCGCACGCAAUCGCUAAACGAGGCGUUCGCCGCGCUGCGGAAGAUCAUCCCCACGCUGCCCUCGGAUAAGCUGAGCAAGAUCCAGACACUCAAGUUAGCGGCCAGGUACAUCGACUUCCUCUACCAGGUCCUCCAGAGCGACGAGCUGGACUCCAAGAUGGCAAGCUGCAGCUAUGUGGCCCAUGAGCGGCUCAGCUACGCCUUCUCUGUCUGGAGGAUGGAGGGGGCCUGGUCCAUGUCCGCGUCCCACUAGCAGGCGGAGCUCCCCACCCCCUCGGCAGGGCCGGAGACCUAGAUGUCAUUGUUUCCAGAGAAGGAGAAAAUGGACAAGUCUAGAGACUCUGAGCUGGAUAACUAAAAAUAACUAUAUAUGCC